AUGGCGAGGUCGAUAUGGCCAUCGUCGGGGGACGGCAAGUCGAAAUUAUUCGACAUAUUAGCCGAUGGUUACGGUCGUGGAAAGGGUUUUGGUGCCGUAAUCUUAAGACGCGCUAAAGACGUAAUCCGGGAUAGGGAUCCUUUUCGUGCUGCAAGUUUUAUUAAGGAAAUUUAUGCGAAAGUUGGAUUUGGAUUUAAAGCGACAGGUUAUGUAAAAGCUCACGAAAUUUUGGCUCUUUUUCAAACAUUAUUAACAUCUCGCUUUGCAGCAAACAAGCUGUUGGUUGGCUCGGUCAAAUUAAAUAUUGGGCAUUUGGAAGCUGCGGCUGGUGUGGUUACCGUAAUUAAAUCGGUUUUAAUGUUAAAGCAUGGUAUAGUUUCACCCAACAUCCAUUUUAAAACCCCCAACCCAAAGAUACCCUUCGAUAAUUGGAACAUUUAA